GGAGGAGGAGAGCAAUGACUGGUCAAUAGAUCCUUUGACGUGGAAUAUUUCCGUAAAGAGACGAUGGAAGAGUAGCGCGUAGCUCCAAGCUAUCCCGUAUUAACCUCAAAUCGAAACGGGAUUUAGCCCUGAAUCCCACUCGGAUCUGGGCUCACGGGAGUUGACAGACAACAGUCUCUCACAGACUGACCCCUUUCUCUUCCCCCGCCUCCCUCCGCUCAGCUACAAUCAUGAUAAAAGCCAUUUUAAUAUUCAACAACCAUGGGAAACCAAGGCUUUCUAAAUUCUACGAGCAUUAUAAUGAAGACACAGAGCAACAGAUCAUCAGGGAAACCUUCCACUUGGUCUCGAAAAGAGAUGAGAACGUCUGUAAUUUCCUAGAAGGUGGAAUGUUGAUUGGAGGAUCAGACUACAAGCUGAUCUACAGACACUACGCCACACUGUACUUUGUGUUUUGUGUGGACUCCUCAGAGAGUGAACUAGGAAUUUUAGACUUAAUCCAGGUAUUUGUGGAAACGCUGGACAAAUGCUUUGAGAACGUCUGUGAGCUCGACUUAAUUUUCCAUGUAGACAAGGUCCACAACAUUCUGGCGGAGAUGGUGAUGGGUGGGAUGGUCCUGGAGACCAACAUGAAUGAAAUCAUCACACAGGUGGAUGCCCAGAACAAGAUGGAGAAGUCCGAGGCCGGUAUUGCAGGAGCGCCUGCUCGUGCCGUAUCAGCUGUAAAGAACAUGAACCUCCCGGAAAUGCCCAGAAACAUCAACAUUGGUGACAUCAGCAUAAAAGUGCCAAAUUUACCCUCCUUCAAAUAGUGGCAGCGAGAUCCUGAAGCUGCAGAUGUCAGCCAAUGUUUACCGUGAUGCAAUCUGUUUACCAAAACCUCAAAUUACUAACUUUUAUCAAAAAUAUACAUCUUGAAGGUACUGUGUGCUUUGACACUCUUUGUUUUGGUGUUAUCUCUUUGUUUUUCCUAUUAAAGAAAAGAAUGUUUUA